UCGAAUCUCCUGUUUCAUCAAUGGCUUUUGAUUCAGACAAAGAAUUACUAAACCACAUCAUGGAUGCAAGUUUUGACCGGAGAUUCAACACACUUAGCUGGCAACAAAUUCAGAGCUUGGACCAAGUCUUAACAGAAGUAAUACCAAUUCAUGGAAGAGGCAAUUUUCCCACCCUGGAAAUAAAGCCGAAAGACAUAAUUUAUGUUGUGAAGGAUCGGCUCGAAGAGAAUGGGAUUAUGGUUCAUGACAUUCGACUUAAUGGCUCCACAGCAAGUCACAUCCUUGUGAAUCAAAAUGGAACAAGUUAUAAGGAUCUUGAUGUUAUCUUCAGAGUUGAAUUGGUUGGGGAGGAAGAGUUCCAGUUGGUAAAGACAGUGGUAUUAGAUUCUCUCCUGGACUUUCUACCUCAAGGUGUUAAUAAAAAAAAGAUCACAGGACUUACUCUGAAAGAGGCCUAUGUUCAGAAAAUGGUUAAAGUUUCCAAUGAUCAUGAUCGGUGGAGUCUCAUCUCCUUGUCUAACAACAGUGGGAAAAAUGUUGAGCUAAAAUUUGUUGAUUCCUUGCGUCGCCAAUUUGAAUUUAGUGUAGACUCUUUCCAAAUAAUUCUAGAUUCACUGCUAUAUCUUUUCAACUGUCCGCAAGACACUAUGACAAUGGAGUCUUAUCCAAAUGUUGUAGCAGAGAGUAUGUACGGGGAUUUCCAGGAAGCAAUGGAUCAUCUGAAGUACAAACUAAUUGCUACUAGAAACCCUGAAGAAAUUCGAGGUGGGGGUUUGCUUAAAUACAGUGAUCUCCUUGUUCGAGAAUUUAAACCAGCAUCUGAUGCAGAGAUCAAAAGUUUGGAGCGUUACAUGUGCUCGAGGUUUUUCAUUGAUUUCCCAGAUGUAUCUGAACAGCAAAGAAAAAUUGAAUCCUACCUAAGGAACCAUUUCAUUGGGGAAGAGAAAAACAAGUAUGAUUACCUGAUGACUUUGCACCAAGUUGUGAAUGAAAGCACUGUCUGUCUGAUGGGACAUGAGAGAAGACAGACAUUGAACAUGAUCACCCUUUUGGCUCUUAGGGUGCUAGGUGAACAGAAUAUCAUACCGAAUGCUGCUAAUGUCACUUGCUACUAUCAGCCUGCCCCUUAUGUCAGUGACCGGAGCUUUAGUAAUUAUUACAUAGCACAUGGACAGCUCCAGCUUGCGUCUCAGCCCUAUCCACUCCACAUCAAUAUGCAGACUGGUAUGGUUUAGUUUUAAAACAAAUUCAAAUAUCAGACUUUGAACUACACCCAGGCUUUUAAGUCUCAAAGAGCUGAAGGAAGAGGAAGGCUGUAACCGAUUCUGUUGAUGACUGAGGAUACACGCCAAUUUCUGGGUAACCCACAUUUAAGCUGGGCUGUAAAUGGAUGACCAAACUACCUGUAUAUGUGUGUGUGUGCCACAUUAUAAAUUUAAAUGCUCAUUUGGUAAGAAAUAAUCUCAGAACUGAUUAAGCACAGACAGGAUUGUAAUAGCAGGGAAUGUUUUUUUUUCUAUAAACUGUUAAACCAAUACAGACAUAGAAAGAUAUGUUAUUAACUUAA